AUGUUAAUGAUGUUAAUAUAGUAAAAAAUAUCAUGAGUCAAGUUGGAAAAAAUAUUCAAAAAUAUCGUAGUACAGUAAGAUUUAUAUUAGCCAUUCAAGCGUUAAAUAUUCUCCCAAAUGUAUUGUUAUCAGCAUUUUAUUUCGAUAUAAAGAUGGAUUAUAUGCUGAUCAUAAUUAUAACAGGUCAAUGCAGAAGAAAUGUUUUAACCGUUCUUUAUCAUUUCUGUAUUUUGCAAAAUAAAUUUUAUGAUAAUUAUAAAAACAUUGGGCAUAAGGAAUAUUAUAGUGUAUUUAAAUUAGGAUGGUAUGAUUGGUACAAUGAAAAAUGGAAUAAUCAACCUUUGCAACAAGAAUGGAAUACUUUAAAGCAUUUAAGAAGUGAAGUAAAUCAGUUACUAGAAACUGCCAGAAAAGACAAGCUUAUAAAAAGUUCUUUAGAGAUUAAUGUGGAAUUAUAUGUAAAUUCUUUAGAAUUAUUACAUUUAUUACAAAAUCAUGAUUUAAAAUCUAUUUUUACAACUUCAGAUGCAACAAUAUCUUCGGCUUCUUUAUUUAAAUGUCCUAGAUGUUUACAAACAGAAGGUGAAUUAUGUAAAAGAUGCGAGAAUGUUAUAGAAACGAAUAAGUAAAGAUUAUUAACUUUUUUAAUUAAAAUAAUUAUUAAAUAAAUA